AUGUGCUUCAAGGAACGCCACUGGAAACCCCAGCACGAUCAAGUGCGACGAUUGGUUCAGCCAUUGGCUUACGAAGCCUCGGAGUACUGGCCAAGUCGACGAAAGGCAGAGGAAGCGAGCAGCAAGACCGAGUUCCCGUAUUUUUAUUCCACUGGGGGCGGCUGUUGCUCAGUUUCAGCCUGGGUUCGUUGGACGGCGGCGGCCGCGGCCACUUUCGCUUCUCUGCUCCUUCUUCCUCUCUAUAUCUUUCCCCGUUACGAAACGUAUCCCAAUUUGGAGGAAGUAGGCUAA